UUUUGCACCAUUCAUAGACGAUCAUAUUGGAGCAGCGACCAGUUUUGAAGCCAUGUUCCGAUUUCUGCACGAAAAAUACUUCCCGCGCAUUGUGUUUGGUCCAUGUCACUUUCACCACCUCGAGGAGAACCUCGGAUCUGCUGGUAUUUGUGACAUGUUAAAGCGGCUUUCGUCUGAUAUUUCCAUUGUCAUUUUCCUUGUUUUCAUCAACCUUGUUUCGGUUGUCAUUCUCUUUCCUUCAUUGUCAUCCCUUUAACUGCGGUCAUCGUGCCUUGUUCACUUGUAUUGUUGUCAGUCUCGAGUCCCACGUCAAGUCUAGCAUCAUGGCCUGUGGUCGAGUCGACAUCUGGGUAACAUGUCUCGAUAGAGGUGUCUCAUGUAGUAGCUCGAGCUUAGCUGGGUCUUCUUGCGUAUUGGUAU